GCUUUGUAUUCAACCUUAGAAUGUCGAAAAUAUUUUCCCAGAACCGUUCCGUAGGGAACAUUCGGCUACCAUCAUUCGCCUUUGUCAUGGGACGCGAGCAGGAUGCCCGCCUGGAUUGGUGCGCGCUUGCCUCGAGGACGACGUGGCCGCCGCCGCAUGGAACACCAUUGGCACGUGAGGUUGAACAGCAUAUGGGAGAACGCCCCAUUGAACGAUUCUUCCUCAGGCGAUAUUGCCACAUUCACGGACGCACACCUGCCUUAGCGUCCUUCGUCGCACAUGGAUGUGCUAUCAGGGCGAGCUGGUUGAUGGCGUGAAGUCUCCACAAUGUGUGUCGUGGCUGAAUAUGAAGGUCGCUCUAGGCACAAGACAGAGGCAGGACAAGCACACACCAUUCACAGGCGAGUAGGCAGCCCAUAUUCACUUGUUCUCAUUCGAGGGCGACCAGGAUCCUGAUGCAGGGAUCGACGGCGCAAUUCGCGUCCGACGAUGUAUCGUCUCAGGCAGAGGGAGCUGAGCGCUGGCUGCAUCGAUGCAUUUGCGCGGACAUGCUGGGCGUGCGUGGCCAUGCUCCAUCUACCUCGCGCAAGAACCAAGACAUUUGGCAGCAGUGAAUGGAAUACUUCAUCUCUAUGUGCUACAAUCCCGACCCCCCCCAACAGGGGCUUUGCAAAAGUAGUAGGGGGACCCAUCGAAUUUCUCAACAGCGGCCAUUCUGGUCGGUGGAAACGGUGGUGCCAUGGACUUGUAUGGAGACUUGGACAAAUACACGGCAACUGGCGGCGCGGGCCUCGGAUUUUCAGCCACCCCUGCACAAACCUCGGUGAAGCUUGUGACGCCAGCUGCUCCUACGGCUAAUCCAACCUCCUCCAAGAAUGAGACCCCAGCUCCAACGAAAAGUAGUGCAGGAACGACCAGUGCACUCAAGUUCAUACCGCGUCGACGUCGAGAGGAACCGGCGCCUCGCCCAAGCCCAGUAGCUACUGGACUGGACAAUGCAUCGUCGGUUGCGACUCGGUUUUCACCUGCCAAUGCUGCCACGACAUCGCUGAAGACUUCGUUGGGCAUGGCGGCGUUUACACCGGUGUCGGUGACGCGUACAAAGCUAUCCACAGACGUCCCACCCCUUCACAGCGACGAUGGGUCGUUCGACAACCGAGCGGUGGACUUGCAUCGGCCGGACAGCGUGCAGGAAGAAUACGACCCAUGUCGUCCCAACGACUACGCGACAUUCUGUGAAGAGCGAGAGAUUCGCGAAAAGAAUGCCGAAGUACGCGCUGAUUUGGAGCGGCGGCAAAAGCGACUAGAGCGCGAACGACUUCGUGAACGCGAGCAGCUCGAGAAGGACCUUGAGGCCGGCCGCGUGCCCAACUUGGCGACGACCUCCGUGCCAGGUGGGCGUGGCCGCGGCAUGAACUUGCCCGCGUGGAUGAUGAAGAAGAUCGAGGGAAGUGCUGACGACGCAACCACAUCUUCAGCGCCCACGAGGCCACCGUCGUCACCAUUGCCAACGUCAGCGCUCGGGCAGUUUGACGAUGCAGUGCCUGGACCGAGUGUUCGCUUCGAUUCCAACGCAAAAUCGACGCGUUCCUCGAAGCAAGACUCUGUGUCGCGCGGAAGUGCAGCGAGAGAGCCAUCCCCCCACCACGAACCGACUCGUUCAGCACCUGUAGAAGGCGUAAAAAAAGGCAGGUUGAGUCGAUUUGGCCAGCGAAGUGACGUGGAGUCUGGCGCCCCUCCCAAGAAGCAAAGUGUGCUGUUGUUGCUGAACAUGGUGGCUCCUGGUGACGUCGACGACGAUUUGAAAGACGAAGUCAAGGAAGAGUGCGAAGGAAAAUACGGGCCGGUCGUGGAUUGUGUCGUGUUUGAAGUCCCGUUUCGGGUCGCCCCCGAAGAAGCCGUUCGAAUCUUUGUCGAGUUUCAGCACGAGGCCGACGCGGCAAAAGCGAUGGCUGGAUUGAACGGCCGGUUUUUCGGUGGCCGCAAGCUGACCGUGACGAAGUUCGACAAGGCUUUGUUCGAUCGACGGGACUUGGCGCCGUAAAACAGGAUCGCAAACAACCCUUUGCAGCUCAUGUACCAUUCAGUGACCUCAUGCUUGACGUGACUGGAGUGUGCUGCUUGGGAAGGCACACACCGCUAGACCAGCCUCGCGAUGGUAGUGCGCAGCGCAAGUGGGUCGAACACACAGUGGAACGAACGCAUGCAGGUUAUGGCAGCGGUAUUUGUAGAGUGGAAACU